AGAAGGCAAGCCUUCUCUCCCCUCCACAGAGCAGGGGCGUCAGGGUUCUCCCCAGCACACACACUUGGACAGAGAAGCUCCUCAGGCCUCCAGUAUGCCCGUUCCUGCCUCCUGGCCCCACCCCCCUCCUCCUUGCCUGCUGCUGACUCUACUGCUGGGACUCACGGCAGCGGCAGGUGAGGAAGAGCUGCAGGUGAUUCAGCCUGAGAAGUCAGUGUCCAUCGCAGCUGGAGAGACGGCCACUCUGCAUUGCACCCUGACCUCCUUGAUCCCUGUGGGGCCCGUCGAGUGGUUCAGAGGGACAGGGACAGGCAGAGAGUUAAUCUACAGUUUCAAAGGAGGACACUUCUCCCGGGUAACACAUGUUUCAGACAACACAAAGAGAAACAACGUGGAUUUUUCCAACCGCAUCAGUAGUAUCACCCCAGCAGACACUGGUGUCUACUACUGUGUGAAGUUCCAGAAAGGGAGUCCUGACGUGGAGUUUAAGCCUGGACCAGGCACCCAGCUCACCGUGAGUGCCAAACCCUCUCCCCCCAUGGUAUCGGGCCCCACGGCGAGGGCCCCGCCCGAGCAGACAGUGAGCUUCACCUGCGAGUCCCACGGCUUCUCCCCCAGAAACAUCACCCUGAAAUGGUUCAAAAAUGGCAAUGAGCUGUCAGCCUCCCAGACCAACGUGGACCCAGAAGGAGACAGCGUGUCCUACAGCGUCUCCAGCACAGCCCAGGUGCUGCUGGCCCCGGGGGAUGUUCGCUCUCAGGUCAUCUGCGAGGUGGCCCACGUCACCCUGAAGGGGAGCCCUCCUCUUCGUGGGACGGCCAACUUGUCUGAGACCAUCCGAGUUCCGCCCACCUUGGAGGUUUCCCAACACUCCAUGGCAGGGAACCUGGCGAACGUCACCUGCCAGGUGAACAAGUUCCCCCGGCACCUAAAGCUGACCUGGUUGGAGAAUGGAAAUGUGACCCGAACAGAAACAGCCUCAACCCUCAUAGAGAACAAGGAUGGGACGUUUAACUGGACGAGCUGGCUGCUGGUGAACUCAUCUGCCCACAGGGAGGAUGCGCUGCUCACCUGCCAGGUGGAGCGUGACGGGCAGCCAGUGGUCACCAAACACCAUACCUUGGAGGCUUCUGCCCACCAGAAGGAGCAGGACACAGGUGGAAGCCCUGGCCAAGAGAUGUCUUCUCCACUUCUGGCUGUCCUCUUCCUAGGCCCAAAGGUGCUGCUGGCCAUCGGCGUGUUUGCCAUCUAUGUCCACAGGAAGUGGAGGGCCUGACUGUAAGUGCGGGGCCGGGACAGCAGGAUAAGGUCUGUCCCAGAAAGGGCAAAUCAGCAAGAGGGGCCAGCCCACAGGUCACACAGGGUCAGGACCCAUGUGGAGUAAGGAGAAGGUCACACAUCUCUCUCAAUACCCUCAGGAGUAUCGUGGAUCCUCUAAGAGGUUCUCAAUGCCAGGAACCGUGUGGAGUCCUGCAGAAGGUGGGCUGGAAUAAGGGUUUUUAGAGGGCAUCCAAAGAGUUCCGGGGGUUCUAUGCAGGAAGUGGGCAGAAGCGGGCUGAAUGAGGGGCAGCUAAUGGGAUGGUUCCCUUGGAGACCAUCUCUAGAUUAUUCUAAUGCUGGGGCUCCAAGAGGCAAGAGGAAUCCACACUUUACAUUAGUGUUGAGAAGUCUCAGAUCUGCAGCUCUGACAGUUUUUCCCACUCUGACCCUCUGAGUGACAUAGUAGAAGGGAUGGGGAAGGGGGACCAGGAUGUGGGGAGGAAGGCUGAGGUGGCAGAGUCCUUCUCAGUGGCUGCCUGUCUUCUCACUACAAGUUUCCCAGCAGGAGAACAGCACCAGAGACAUAGGAGGCACUCAGGGAAGAUUUCUGUAACGAUGAGCAGACAAUGAAAUGUGGACAUGUUUCCCACAGCUCCUUCUUUCCUCUCCUGCUACAUACCACCCUCAGUCUCUGUUGCCUCCUUCCUUCCCUGAGGGGUCUAGCUUAAGAGAAGGAGCCUACAGGAAGUUUUCACGACUCUGCUCCUAAUGUCCCCCAUCCGCAAAGACCUGCCUGUUCACACACUCCUGCUGUUCCUUCUCUCAGUCCUUGAUGCCCCCAGAGCUGGGUCUUCAAAUACGGUCCUGAACAGGAGCCAUGGGAACUAGCUCUGGGGACUGACUCAAGACAUCUCCCCAGAAGGUGAGAAACAAGUCAAAUCUACACAUAUCAGGAUGGCUCUCAUCCAUCAUCUUGGGACUUGGCCACGAACUACACACUCAUGGCCAUGCUCUCAAGAGUUCUUCUGUCUUCUGGAUUCCUGUGUGGCCCCAACUCCCCAGCCUUGUUGAGGUUUCCUAUCGCCUCUUGAGGUCAAAGGAACCCUCAUCCUAGUUUUAAAAUAAAAUUUAUUCUCCUUUCCCUUUGCCUAAAUGUCCUACUCCUCAAACCCAGAAAGAACAUUUCCCUCCUCUCUCUCUGAUGAAAACAGUGAUUCUUCUAUCAUCCUGCAUCCUUCCCAACCCUGUUGCUCAUCGUACACAUGCUGUCAGUCUAAAAGCCUUGGAGUCAUCUUUGAUUUCUCUUUCUCUUCUACCCAAUAUUCAAUUCUGCCUUCAACAUGCUUAUGUCCAGUGGUGAGAUGGCAAAUGUUUAAAAAUUGAUUCUCCGAAAGAAAUUUUUUAAAAAACUGAUUUGUAGUGCUUGCCAAUUUCCGUGGUAUUUCAAGCUACCAACAGUUUAACAAUCAGCUUGCAAAAUUCCUGAAAAUGUAACAAUCGGCUUGCAUGAGGCUGUCCAAGCCUUCCCCUGCACACCACUGAGUUAUAGCCCUAAUCUGCACACGUCUCACCCACCACUACUCCCUGGUCCCAGCCACCAUCAUCUCUUCCUGCACCAUCGCUAUGUCUCUAACUGGCUUUUGUUUCAACCAGUGAUUCUUUGGAAAUAUAAAUCAAAUCAUGUCACUCCUCUGCUGCUUCUCCCAAUAUGUCUGCAUGGUUCACUCAUUCCCUUCUUUCAAGUCUCUGCUCAAAUGUCACUCUAUAAACUUUCCAUAAGCCACCGUAUGUGAAAUAUCAAUUCCUCUCUCUCACCUGGGAUUCCAAUUCCUCCUAACCUGGUUAAUUUGUUUCCUUAGCACUUAUUACCAUCUGACAUACUAAAGAUACGCAGUAGACUUUGCACAGUAGUGCAGGACCAUAAAAAUGACCACGCAAACUGAAACCAUGGGAAGUGAUCUCCAUAAACGGUGGGAUUAAUAAUGAUUGUGCUGUGACCUUUAACGGUUUUUCCAAAACAUUAGAAAUUCUCUUACUGUCAGUUUUAAAUGUAGAGGGAAAUGAAAAAAUAGAAAAACUAGUAUUUAUUUAUAUACUGUCAUUUGAAACAUGAGAAACGUUGAGAAUUAAAGUGUUUUAUUUCUUUGUAAAAACUUAUCCAGAGCAGUUUGAACAGUGUUUGCCUUCUUCGUGUUGUGUAAUUUAUGAUAUAGAGCGAGCAUCUUUUCUGCGCCUUGGUGAAUCAUCACACUCCUUUCUAAGUUUGCAUCAGCUUCCAACAUUUUGUCCCUUGUGCUUUCAAUGUCCUGAAAUCUUUACAAAAGUUCCUUUAAUUUGAAGUAUUCGCUGGUGUCACUGCCUCUGGGACAUUUUCACCCUUUUCCUCACCAUCACUUUCCUCAUUUAUGUGGUAAGUGUGCCUUCACUGAGUUCCUUUGGCUGCACAUCUGGAAUCUUUCUAACAGCAUCAGUGUCAACAUCCCCACAGGCAGCCGCUUCUUCUAUAACUCCAUGUACAUUUUAUUUGAAUUUCACUUCCAGUAUUACAACUUUUCAUUCCUCCACUGCAUUUUCAUCUGUUUCCCAUUCUCUUUGGCAAUAAUUGAUUUAUGCAGAAUCUCAUUGGGUUCAUCACUGGGAGACAAGAAGACAACACAACUACAUGCUUUGCUGUCUGUACAUUAACUGAGUUACAGAAUCACAGUGACCAAUUACUACAGACUUUGAAAGAAGUCAUGUGAUGUGUCACUGACCAUGAUGAGCACCUGUUCGUUACAUAGUGAUUUGUGGACUGGAGAACAGCUAGCAGCGAAGUUUCUACUUGUGCAACUGCUCAUGGUAAAUUUACUGUGGUAACUGGAAUUUGAACCAUGUGAGGGGGACUGAUGCUAUUUAACUAAACUGUAGUAGCUGAAAUUCAUGCAUAUCAGCACCAUGCAAAGUGAGAUCUGCUUGUGUGCAUGUCUCUUCUUCAAAUAGGAUGUCAGUUCUAACAGAGAAGGGACUACUUGUAUCCUCAGUUGCCACAACGGUGACUGCCGCAUAGUGUUAUCAUCACAUUUUUGAAAAAAUAAAUGAAUGAAUACUUCAUUGAGAACAUUAAUUUCUACUAAAUGUUGGGUGUCAAAAUAAAAUGUUUCUUCAUUCAAUCACCUGACACUUGUCUUUUAAAGCCCUUUUGUUAAAGACUAAUCUCACCUCUUUGCAUUUGAAAAAUCCCAUCAAAAAUUCAACACAUCCAAAAAA